AUGGUGGCAACAGCAAAGAAUGAGGAGCCCGGCGGUCCUGGUGUCAUAGAGAAACACAGCAUCACCACAGAGCAAUACCGGGAUACCUUCCUCCCUAGACCUUCAGACGAUCCCAACGACCCCUUGAAUUUUCCGCUCUGGUUGAAGGUAACCAUAUUAAUCCAAGUUUCUCUCCUGGCUUUCCUUGGGACACUCAACACUGCAAUCAUUAAUCCCGCGUACGGGCCUCUGUCCAAAGAAUUCGGCAUCACCACCGUUCGUGCCACCUAUCAGACCACUGUCGUCAUUGCUCUGAACGGGAUUGGUCCGUUUCUCUGGAUUCCUCUAGCAAAUGUUUACGGCCGAAGACCCGUCUAUCUCUUAACUACCCUCAUAGGAUUUGCAUCUGCAUUGGGGUCGGCGUAUUCCAAGAACUUUGCGCAAUUAAUUGUUGCCCGGGUCUUCAAUGGGCUGUGGCCGGCUGCUCUAGGUCUUGGCCCGGCCACUGUGGUUGAUUUAUUUUUCUACCAUCAACGAGGACGAGCAAUGGGAUUAUUUACGGUCAUUUUGACCACUGGUGCGCACAUUGCACCGAUUGUUGGGGGAUUAAUCGGGCAGUUUAUAGGCUGGAGGUGGACUUUCAAGUUUGCCGCAAUUCUCGAUGGAAUAAUGCUACUUGUCACCACCUUCUGCCUCCCAGAGACACUAUACAUACGUGACCAGACACGGCUUACUCGCGUGGUAUCGGAGCGGGAAGUUGAUUUCACUACACGGACAUAUGCUUCUAGACUGAGGUUAUAUUCAGACUUUUCGGAGCUGAAAUUACGCUGGAACCAAUUCAUAAUUCCGUCGAUUAAGAUGGCAAAAUACCCAUCGGUCCUUUUUCCGGCCCUCUAUUACGCAGCACAAUAUGGGUUUGCUUCAAUUCUCCCCGCUGUAACUGUCGCCAGCAUUUUCUCCGAGACUUUCCACUGGAAUACUCUUGAGAUUGGUCUCGCUUACGGCGGAGCUCUUUCUAUUGGAAGCAUUCUUGGAGAAAUAGCAGGUGGUCUCGUUCUCGAUGCCAUAGUCAAUCGCGCUCGUCAUAAACUUGGUGGCAUAAAUCCGCCUCCAGAGAUCCGUCUCAAAGGCAUUUGGACAGGAGCACUUCUUGUUCCUGCUGGAUUGGUUAUAUAUGGAUUCACCCUUCACUACCAUGUGUUUUGGUUUGUGCCACUGUUUGGAAUGGGGCUGGCAUGUUUUGGACUGCAGGUUUUAACCACCACAUGCUACACUUAUAGCAUCGAUUCAUAUCGUGCACACGAAUCUGAGACAGCUCAACUUAUCAACUUUAUUCGGCAGGAGUUUGGAAUGACUUUUGCCUUUUACGUCGUUGAUCUGUGCCAAAGGAUUGGAUAUCAGUGGGCAUUCUUCAUGUUUGCUGUCUUGGGAAGUGGACUAGGAUUUUUGCCCAUUCUAGUGUUGAUGUUUAAGGGAGGAGAAAUAAGAAAGAGGCUGGGUGAACCAUCUGAUACUACUAUGCCAAACACAGAGGACUUUCAAGCGGUUUCUCAAGGGAAAUUUCAACAAGGUUGA